UCGCGACAGGACGGAGACGUUAGGUUUCGGCGGCCCGGGAGUGCGCUCCGCUCUUCGCGGGCGGCUAUGAACCUAGCUCGACACCUCCCGUGCGGGGUGUCUGACGGUUACUUAAGGACGGCAGAUUUCCUUACCUUCCGCCUCCGUGACCGAUUGCGCCGACGCGCAAACGAGCGCCACGCAGCGCGCAGGCGCAGUAGUCCUGCUGGGACUUCCGGGAUCGUUCCCUGAGACUUUUGUGGCGCUAGUUGCGGCUUUGCGGAGGACGGCGGCCGAGAGGCAGGGCACGUAUUAGUUCGCGCGGACCCCGGCGGCGUGAUGCGGUACAACGAGAAAGAGUUGCAGGCGCUGUCUCGGCAGCCGGCAGAGAUGGCGGCCGAGCUGGGCAUGCGGGGCCCCAAGAAGGGGAGCGUGGCCAAGAGGCGGCUGGUGAAGCUGGUGGUGAACUUCCUCUUCUACUUCCGCCCGGACGAGGCCGAGCCCCUCGGAGCCCUGUUGCUGGAGCGCUGCAGAGUGGCCCAGGAAGAGCCCGGCGGCUUCUCCAUUAGCUUCGUGGAAGACCUCAGCAGGAAGUAUCACUUCGAGUGCGGUAGCCAAGAGCAGUGUCAGGAGUGGAUGGAGGCUCUGCAGAGGGCCAGCUACGAGUACAUGCGACGAAGCCUGGUCUUCUACAGGAAUGAGAUCAGGAAGAUGACAGGCAAGGACCCCCUGGAGCAGUUCGGCAUCUCCGAGGAGGCCAGGUUCCAGUUGAAUAGCUUGCCUAUGGACGGGCGGACUGAUUGUAUUGGCUCCCAGCUAGAUGCGUUGGACUGACUGUCGCUGGGCCCCUGGCUACUCUGGGAGGUAUAUUUUAGAGGCUUAAAAACAUCUGUUCAAAGCCAGAGGUCCAGAGAGGUGGGCAGGCGCUGUGGUCCCAUGCCCCAUGCCAUCUCCCUUCAAGUGACCACAUCCAGGGACUGAGCCUGGCACAGCUCCCAUGUCCAUUUUCAGAUGAAUGUAUAAUGCUAGGUAAAGCUGUGAAUGGUGAGGGUUCCCCUCAGCCAGCUGUGAACCCCUCUCCUGCUGAUAUGCUAGAGCAGGCCACGGUGCUGGCCUUCAGUGCUGAGCCUGCUCUUUAAUAAAGGUACCUCUUUUUCAA